ACCGAACCGAGAGAUAAGAGCGAGAAAGAGAGUGUGCGAGAGAGAGAAAGAGAGAGAGACAAACAGUAUUUCAGAGGAGCAAGUCCUCCUUCUCGCAAAGCAAUGUCUGCCCUUAACUGAAUUCAAUGUUUUACUUCUUCCGUGUUUAUGACGCUCCUUUUGCCCAUUUCACGUAACGUAACCACUUCUUAGAAGCAAGAAAAAGGGUCAAUGCUGUCUCUGAGAAUCAUUUUCCAGAAGGAGGCUUGAUCCGGCACACAAAGUCCUUCUCUGUUGAAGAAUUUUCUUGUUUCUUCGCAUAAUCAUUUUCAACCAUCAAAAGCUUAGGGAACUCAAUGUUAUUAUUUGCUUAACCACUAAACAGAGGGUUGAUUUUGAUUUUGGAGGGAGCAAAGCAAUGGCGUCUCCUUGGGAUCAUAUGGGGGAAAUUGCAAAUGUGGCUCAGUUAACUGGUCUAGAUGCAGUGCGUUUGAUUGGGUUGAUUGUGAAAGCGGCGAGCACGGCGAGGAUGCAUAAGAAAAACUGCAGGCAAUUUGCACAGCAUCUCAAGUUGAUUGGGAACUUGUUGGAGCAGCUGAAGAUCUCGGAGCUGAAGAGGUACCCUGAGACAAGGGAGCCAUUGGAGCAGCUUGAGGAUGCUCUCAGAAGGUCAUAUAUAUUGGUGAAUAGUUGUCAGGACAGGAGCUACCUCUACUUGCUGGCCAUGGGAUGGAACAUUGUUUAUCAGUUCAGGAAGGCACAAAACGAGAUUGACAGAUACUUGCGGCUCGUUCCGCUCAUCACUCUUGUUGACAAUGCUCGAGUCAGGGAGAGACUUGAAGUUAUUGAAAAGGAUCAACGUGAGUACACACUGGAUGUUGAGGAUGAAAAGGUGCAGACAGUUAUUUUAAAACCAGAUCCUGACAAAGAUGAUGCUGCAAUGCUGAAGAAAACACUUUCUUGUUCAUAUCCCAACUGUUCAUUCACCGAAGCACUUAAAAAAGAAAAUGAAAAGCUUAGACUAGAGCUACAACGUUCACAAGCAAAUCUUGAUAUGAAUCAAUGUCAAGUCAUUCAACGGUUGUUAGAUGUCACAGAAAUUGCAGCUCAUACUCUUCCAGAGAAGACUGACAAGGUUCAUAAGAAGGAGGAAUACAACUAUAAUGAUGUAGAUAAUGACAACGACCAUUCAUCUAGUGAAAAAUACCAAGUUAAAAGUGACCCACUUUCCACAUCAAGAUCAGCAGUUUGCCAAAAGGAUCUGCUGUCAAAUGGAGGUUCAUAUCAGCAUCAAGACUGGCAUACUGAUUUACUUGGCUGUUGUUCUGAACCUUCUCUUUGUAUGAAGACAUUUUUCUAUCCUUGUGGAACAUUUUCAAAGAUUGCCACUGUUGCAAAAGGCAGGCCCAUAUCUUCUGGAGAUGCAUGUAGUGAAUUGAUGGCAUAUUCAUUGGUUUUGUCUUGCUGUUGUUAUACCUGCUGCGUAAGGAGGAAGCUUCGGAAGAUGUUGAACAUCACCGGAGGCUUUAUUGAUGAUUUUCUAUCUCAUUUGAUGUGUUGCUGCUGUGCCCUUGUGCAAGAAUGGAGAGAAGUGGAGAUCCGCGGAGUUAGUGAUCGCGAGAAGACCAAAACAAGCCCUCCACCUUCCCAGUACAUGGAAUCUUAGAACAAAUGAGAUUGUAUUUCGGUUGUUUAGGGAUUCAAGAGUGUUUUGAACCACAUAUUAAAUAGAGGCAAUUGGCUAGUGGGACUCAUAGCAAGACAGAAACUAUGUAUUUCCUUUUUCUUUUUUUCCUUUUCCCUCAAUACCUCUGGCCUCAUUACCCAUGUGUAAAGCUUACAGAUUUAGCCACUGAUGUAUUGGUUUCCUUGUUUAAUAUAAUUUGAUUUUAGUUGUUUAGUAUCA